AGGUCCACCACAGUUUGACCACGAUUCAAACCUCUGGUGGCCUGCAAGCCUGAAAUUACACCUCCUUCAUUGAUUGGCAAAGUUUUGCAAAACACCAAAUGGAAAAAACCCAACAGCUUCACAUUUUCUUCUUUCCUUUCAUGGCUCAAGGCCAUAUCAUACCCACCAUAGACAUGGUCAAGCUUUUUGCUUCUCGAGGUCACAAAGCAACCAUUAUCACCACCCCUUACUAUGUUCUUCUUCUCUCCAAAACCAUCCAAAAAACCAGCGUUUAUGGUUCUUUGAUCAAUGUUCUAACGUUGGAAUUUCCUUGUGCCGAGAACGGAUUGCCACAAUGGUGUCAAAGCCUUGACAUGGCUUCCACACCUGAUCUGCUAUCCAAAUUCUUCAAAGCUACUACAACUCUUGGCACAAAACUUGACCAGCUCUUACAACAACACCGUCCCGAUUGCCUUGUAGCUGACAUGCUCUUUCCCUGGGCUACAGAUGUCGCAGCACGGUAUGGGAUUCCGAGGUUGAUCUUCCACGGAACCUGUUUCUUCGCUCUGUGUGCUACCGUGUGUGUGUAUCGUUAUGCACCUCACAAGGAUGUUACUUCUGAUUGUGAUCCUUUCCUCAUUCCUAAUUUACCUGGUGAGAUUAGCUUAACUAGAAGCCAAUUACCAGAUUUUGAUACGGAUGAUGUGGAAACCCAAUUUGUGAAAUUGUUCAGAGAAAUUAAUGAAACAAACGAGAGGAGCUAUGGGGUCCUGGUUAAUAGCUUCUACGAGCUCGAACGGGUUUAUGCUGAUCAUUACAGGAAGGGAUUGGGAUUUAAGUCAUGGCACAUUGGCCCGCUGUUCUUAUACAAUAAGAUGGAUGAAGAAGACAGAGCGAACAGGGGAAUGGAACCCUCCAUUGAUGAACACGAAUGCAUGAAUUGGCUUAAUUCCAAGAAACCAAAUUCAGUUAUUUAUGUAUGUUUUGGAAGCUUGGCAGAUUUCGACGAUGCUCAGCUACUGGAGAUUGCACAUGGUCUUGAAGCUUCAGGGCAGGAAUUCAUUUGGGUUGUGAAGAAAGGAAAGCAUGAAGGUGUUAAAGCAGAGUGGUUGCCCGUAGGAUUUGAGAAGAGAAUGGAAGGAAAGGGACUGAUUAUAAGAGGUUGGGCACCCCAAAUGCUGAUCCUUCAACAUGAAGCUAUGGGUGGAUUUGUAACACAUUGUGGAUGGAACUCAACGCUGGAAGGUAUUUGUGCAGGGUUGCCAAUGGUCACAUGGCCAGUCUUGGCCGACCAGUUUUACAAUGAGAAGCUGAUCACUCAAAUACUUGGAAUCGGUGUCAGUAUCGAUAAUCGGCGAUGGAGUAUGUUUAUGGUUGACUGUAUGAAGAGGGAAGCCACAGAGAAUGCUGUGAGUCGUCUUAUGGUAGGUGAGGAAGCAGAGGAAAUGAGAAGCAGAGCUAGGGCCCUUGGGGAAAUGGCAAAAGGGGCUGUUGAAGAAGGUGGGUCUUCUUGCUCAGACUUAAAUGCCUUAAUUGAAGAAUUAAAACAACGUAAGAUGGUCCCUGAUUCAAGCUAGACUAUAUGUAUGUGUGCUUUCAAUGUUUUUUCUUUUGGAAUUUUAUGUGCUUUCAAGGCAGUUUUAUAAGAAAUUAGAGGUUUGUUUGGUUGGAGGAAUAACCUGGAACAAUAACAUUAAAAUGCCUCUAAUUUCUAAUUUUAUUUCAUGUGGUAACAAUAUUGGAAACAGUAUAUAUUGUCGAACAAUGCUGGUUGCUCAACAUUAUAAACCUAAAUUAUAAGAGAUUUGGAUUGGGAGUUUUUA